ACCAAUUACUCGACAUAUGCAGCGCGUCCAAAUGUCCUGGCACCACUUGCCAUGGCUAUCCUGCUUCCCGUGCCUGCCGGCUCCACUGGACCGAAAGCUGGAGCAGCAGGAGCGAGCGACUCGGGCUGAUCACCUCACCGCAUUGCAGGAGGAGAUUUGGAGAGAACUUCUGUUGCAUCUCAGUCCACUUGACCUAGCAAUCCUUCGCAGCAUCUCACGGCAGCUAAGAAUUCGCCCAUGGCAGGACAGUGAGCGGUCUUUGAGUGCUCUUUUAGGCCUACGGGCGUGUCAUUUCUUGGAUGCAGAGCUUUUGAGCUUCGCCUGGGUUGGCGCGAGCUGCUUGGCCUCGGGUGAGGAUGGCUGGGACACCUUGCUGGGCUCCGUGCAGAUCAGAGAAAUUGGAGGCAAAACGGUCCAAGCAGAUCGAGGUGUGCGGCGAUCGCUGAGCCAAACAUCAGUGUUUGAGCGUCCCGUCCGAUGGAUGUUGGAGGUGAUCCAACUGAAAGGCAUGCUGCUCGUGGGUGUGGCAGAUGAAACCUUGAAGACGAACUCUUUGUUGGGUACCUCCAAGUGCCCUUCCUGGGGAUGGGAAGUGAGCCGAAAAGGUGUAGAGCCCAUUAAUGGCAGUUCUCCUUUAUUACCCCUUUCUUUGGACCCUGAGCAACAUCGACUAGUGCUGCUCUUGCACUUCGACCACAAGCGCGGCAUCCCCCGAUUGGAGCUUUCUUUGCUUCGCUUCGAUGGGCGAUGGGAGUGGCAUUUCCUGGGCUCUCACGAUCUCUCGGUUUCUCACCGCGUGAAAUUAAGGCCUGCUGUGUCCGUGGAUGUUGGAGCUGCCGUGCGAGUGCUUUGUUCUGAGGUCUUCACAAGACAGUGGCUGACCAGCUUGCCCUGAGAUGCAGAAUGGAAAA